GUAGACAGAGGGAGGUAUCAGUAGAGAGAGAGGGCGGUAGAGAGAGGCAGCAGCAGACAGGCCGGACGCCCCCCUCCCUCAGACCCUGGAGUCCUUCGUCUCAGGAAGACGUUUUCUUCUUCUCCUUCUUCUUCUCCUUCUUCUUCUCCUUCUCUGCGUCCGGCGGUGCAGUGGACACCAUGAGCGCCAGCUGAAGCUCCCUGGAAGAGUCUGCGGUUCGAAUCCCUCCUCGCCUCCCCAGGACCGGACCGGACGCCAUGGAGCAGCCGGCCAGCAGCUGCAUGCGGGGCCCCCCCCCCGGCGGCCCCGUCUGGGGCUGCGUGAGGGGCCCCCACUCCGGGGGCCCCGGGGCCGGCCUGCAGUACCAGCAGGUCCCGUUCUCCCUCCAGAAGCCCGACUUCCUGUCCUACGGAGACUGCCUGGCGCCCGGCGCUCCGCUGGCCCCGUACCCGGAGAGCCCGGCCUUCCAGAGGCCCGACUGGCACUUCGGGCCCUGUGAGACCCGGGCCAGGGCCCCCGAGGCCCCCGAGGUCCCGGCGGCCCCGACGGGCCCCGGCGGCAGCGGGGGACCCGAGCUGGACCCGGCGGGGGACGGACGGUUGUCCCCCCAGAGCGACUCGGACAGGAAGACCUGCAGGGAGGAAGAGGGACGGGACAGCACCCUCCAGUCGGGUCUGGACCCGGCGGACCGGUCUGGCUCCGCCUCCCGGCCCUCGGCCACAUUCUUCUCCUCUGACUUCUUCCCGUCGUUAAGCCACGUCCCGGAGUCCAGCUGCAAGGCCCGGAAGGAGCGCACGGCGUUCACCAAGGAGCAGCUGAGGGAGCUGGAAGCGGAGUUCAGCCACCACAACUACCUGACCCGGCUGCGGCGCUACGAGAUCGCCGUCAACCUGGACCUGACCGAGAGACAGGUCAAGGUCUGGUUCCAGAACCGGAGGAUGAAGUGGAAGCGGGUGAAGGGGGGACAGUCCACCGACCCGGACCACGAGGACCUGGACUCCGCCGCCUCGCCCAGCUCCGAGUGAUCGCCGCUCCAACCCCCGGGUCCAGGACCCCCGGGUCCAAGGAUCCCGGGUCCAGGGAACCGAUCCGGCCGGUCCGGGCUCCGCUGGACGCGGUCCACAGACUCUUCAGGGAGAACCGGCCAAGGCCCCGGCUCUGUU